AUGGAUGUGGAGACGGACGAGAAGCUGGAGCAGAAGCAGGCGAGGAGAAUAGAUUGGCUGCCUAAUGUGAGAUUGUCGGCGUCUCAAGCAGUAGGAUGCUAUUUGGCCGCUUCUCUUCACGGGCCCCGUCGAAUGCUCUCAAUUUCUGGCGAGCCGCCGACUGGCCAGAAAGAGAAAGAGGGACUGCCGCUCUUCUCUGCGCAAGCUCCACUCGUAUAA